UCUCUUCUUAUCAGGAAACUUUGAGCAUUGGCAAGAAAUGUUCGAAGCUCUGUUUCCUCAUAUGCAAACGAAUAUGUCGGACUGUGAUAUAUCGUCCAACUUCAUCGAACCGAACGAUCUCAACAGUCAAGUGUCGAGAUUACAAGUAUUACUGGCGAGUGAAAGUUUCACUCUCGACACGGAGUGUCUGUUGCAAACGUUGGAACGAUGUUUCCUCAUUUGCGCGGCCGAGUCGCUCGACAAGCAAGUUUUCCAAAAAAUUUUACCGACCGCUCAUCGUUCGCUGUUGGAGGUCGUAAAAGCUAUCGGCGAAAGAACGAGCGAUAAUGAGAAAAUCCAUGAUCUGGACGACGUGAAGCACAAAUUGCAAUUCUGCGAUGGACUGCUUGUUUUUUGGUGGAAGUGUAUGGAACAUGUUUCCGCUUUCAAAAAAAUUCGGGCUUUUUAUGUUGCAUCGCUAUGUAAUAAUCUGCCGGAGACGAUAAAAAUUAUCUUCGAGCAUUGCAAAGCCAGCCCAAAGACCUACGGGGUAUUAUUGAGCGGGACGAUGCAAGAAUUGAAGAAUUUGUUUUUGCGGGCGGGCGCGAUCUUCAAGCUAUUCUUUGCUACUUUAGACGGUGUAAUCGUCUUCGACACGGAUGUGGAAUCGGAAACGGAACUGUUGACGAAAGUGGUGGAUGCGCAUGGUAGCAUCGCUUCUAUCGCGAACGGGAUGGAUACGAAAACAUAUAUAGAGAUAUCAGAAGCGUUCGCCAAGUUGGCUGUCGAUUAUCAAAGCGAUAUAAAGUAUGCGUCACCGAACAGCGUGAUAACGCACCUUGCUCAAAUGGCGAAAGAUGCGUCUUGUCUUUUGUCCACGAUCAAGGAUCAAAACGAUAAGAACGUCGAAAGAACUACACUGGUUGUUAUGCGUUUGCUGAAAAUAGUCGAAAAAUUAACGAGGGUUUAUGACACAUUUCUUACGUAUGAAACGUUAUUGUGUCUGAUUGAACUUUCAACGGGGAUGCACGGAUAUUCAUACCUGAAUUUAACAAAAAGCGGUGGAAAAACAAUAUCAGUUAAUGCUGCACCCUUUUUAGAUACUAUUUUCGAUCAUGACGAUUUUAAACAGGCGUAUUUUGAGUUCGGGAAAAGGACAGACGUGUGUCAGUUGAAUUACCAUCUACUUACAAUCGCCGUCAUGAAAAAACUGAACGGCAUGUCUUAUGAGCAUCACUGCAAAUGGUCUUUAGGCGAGGACUCAAUCUUAGACAUCGCGUUCAUGCAUAUAGAAUAUCUCCAAGGAGAAAUCGUUGUCGGAGAAUUGCGACUGCCAGGCAACCAUGAAAUCGGUGAGCGGCCACGUUUGUGCAGUAUUUACGAGGCCACUUUAGUACCCAUCUGCGACCUGAUUAGUCAAAUCCCUUCUGAAGCCUUCUACACACUGGAGUUGCUUUUGCUGAAGCAUCUGUUAUCCGGACGCUUUUGGAGUUCCCUGUUGAGUUCGGACGUUUGGUGCUUCAUUGGCAGGUGCUGA